ACUGUGCUAAAGGCUGGACAAAGCACAGCUGAAAUUUUUGAGUGCUUUGUUCCAGAUGAGAUAAAGGAUACUGAUUUAUAGUGUUUUAAUAAUAUAUAAUAUCUCACACCAGUCUGCUUUCAUAAAGGAGUGAGAAUCAGUCAUGUAGAAAAAAAAAUGCUGUAUCUUUGUGUAGUUUGACUUCGUUUUCAGCAGUUGGAAAAUUGGGAUUGCAUAGCUGUGGUGUCUCAAAGUGUGGCUGCUGUAGCCAUUUACUCUUCUAGUUAAGAAAUACAAAAAGGGUAAGUGGGAACUGUGAAAUGUGGGGAAGAUUAAAAGAUAACAUAAAUACUAGGCUGUCAUUGUUCUGUUUCAUCUGGACAGGUACAGGGGCAUGGGUUGCAUAUAGUUCCUAGGUGCUAAUCUUGAGUGCUUCACUUGAGAACUCUUAUGUGACCAUUUUAAAUGUAUUUAGAGAAUGAGUUCUGUUUUGCAGAUUUCUUCAUAAUGUCAUGUGUUCUAUGUGUCUGAAUGGAAUGGAACUCAUUUGAAGAGCAUUCUUUCUCUUUUUCAUCUGUUUAAUAUACACGUAUGGAAAUUGCAGAGUAGAUUUACCAGCUGUAAAUGAUCAAGCCCAGGUACCAGAAGCAGCCUAGCUGCAGACAACUAAUAGGUUAAUUUACCAUUCUAAUCACAAAGUAAUAAUGCCCUUAAAAGUCAGUACCCCAUCUCUAGUGUUACAUAUUAAAUUCCAUCUGUCAAUUAAUAUUGUACUUUUAGCCUUUUAAUUAAAAGAGAACUCAAAAUUAUAGCAACGCUUGAGUAGGACUUCUCUGAAUGGCUGGAAGGUGAGAGUGCAAGAAAUGCUAGUUUCUCAUGAUUCUCUCUUGGGUUAACCAUAAUUUUGUGUGGAUGCUAAAAGGCAUUUUAGAAUGAUCAGUAGCUACUGCACAGGUAACUGGGUAUGAGAAAUAGCCUAGCAUUCUUAGAGAGAGAUUAAAUUGUGAUGUGUAUAGGUGAAAUUUUUGUUGCCACUACUCGUGGUAUCCCUUGUCAUUCUGGGGACUCUGCUAUGGUAGACAGAGAGAAUAAAUAGUGCUAGUGUCACCAGCUCCCACGGUAGUGUUUUCAGCCUUGUACUGUUUGACAUUUUCAUCGCACUGCCAGGCCCUCAGACUUUGUUUAUGUAAGAGUUUUCCCUUUCUUUUUUUUGAUGCAGAGGCUAUCAUGGGACUUCGAAUCUCAAAAUUUUAGAAAUCAAAAAAUGAAGUCCAAAAUUAGCUUUUGAAGCCAGUCUCAGGGUAUUUUUGGUAUUUGACUUGUGAUCUUUCUGGACUGCUGGGAAACACUUUUAGAGUAGUUUAAAUUUUAUAGUGCCUUCAUUUUGGUGGCUUCUGUUACUGCAUGUUUUCUUUUAGUACAAGAAUAGUCAAAAUUUACAUUUAAAAUGUGGGUGUCAGAAAGUUAAAUACCUACAGAAAAGCUCAGCAGGUACAAAUGAUCCUACUUACUCUGUUGCAUUUUUUGUAUUCAGAUACAGAAAUCUAGCAAUCCACACUGGAAAAUCUUAAGUACACCCUAGUGAAUAACCCUCCUGCUCCAUUUGAGGCAGGAGCAAAUGAACCCUUUAGUAUACAAGAUUUUACAUUAUCUGAUACAGCAGUGCUAGCAUAAGGUGCAGAGGGUUUAUUGGGUGCAGUGGCAUUGAUUCCUGGUGGUGUUUGAAAUGAGCACUGGGAACAUAAAUUUAGAAGAACGUUGCUCCUGCUAUGCUGGUUUUUGUGUUCUGUUCCCUGCCAUUGUGUAUGGUGGUAGCUUCAAGCAGGUGCAGAGCAGGCGUCAGGCUCUGCUAACACUGAAAGACCUCGCUGUUUGGGACUAAAGCCAGGACUAGGCGGUGGCUGUAGUGCCAGGAAGAGAUCCAUAACAACUUUUGCACUACUUCCCUAGCUGGGAGCUGAGAAACAAGGUCGGUGUGGACACAGCCUAUCUAAGUACACACAUUGCUCGAUGACCUUUUCAACCUGGCAGGCUCAGACUGCAGAACUUUGUGCCAUAGAGACUGAGAUCAUGGUAAAUCAGUACUGAGCUGGGUGUAGGUGGAAUUGUCAAGUGCUGGUCCUGUCAUUCUGUUGAAACAAUGAUGUUGUAAGCUGCCAGGAAGCUAUUUGGCAGGUCCCCUCGUGUGGGUUCCCUCAGAAAAGUUGGCUGGAGAGUGACCCCUCACCUGGGAAGCAUUUGAAGCUCAGCUUGCUAGAAGGCUGAGAGAGUGCCAUGUUUGCCCAGGCAGACCAGGUGCCAAGAAUUAAUUAGUUUUGUCCUGUGCUAUACAGCAGAAACACAGAAGUGGCUCUGAUCUUGCAAAUGACUGUGCAGGUGGAGUCUUGCACUGUGGUGAGGUCACCCAUAAUUAAAAUCUUUAAAUCAGAGGUCAGAGCUCUCUUGUGAAUAGAACUAAAACUGUCAGGUACCAGAUCUCCCAAGCUUGUUUAGAAACAAGCAGUUUAAAAUAUUUAAAAUAAAAGCAGACAUCUACUUUGUUGUUGAGACUUGUUAGAUUUUUCCUUAAACUGGAAGGGAGAAUUAUUUUAUUUUAUUUUAUUUUGUAUUUGACAGUGCAUGAGUGAAACCACACCUGAUGCAUAUGUAAUGAAAAUACAAGAACAAUGACAAUGUUUUUCUCUGUGGUGCUCCUGUUUGUAAUGUACUGGAAACUAUGUUUAUUAUUUUAAUAAGCUCCUUCUUUUUGUUGCUACUGCUUUUCUUGGCACAUUCCUGGUGGAGACUUUAGUUGCUGGUUUGAGAAUUCUUUGUAAAAGCAAUGCUCUUGCCUGCUGGGCAAACUGUUUCUGCUGCAAAUGUAAAAUCAUUAAUUCCUGGCAUAAUUCUAAACUAGUAAUAGUGGAUUGAUCUUGGAAUCAAGUUCUAAAUUCCUCUGGGGUUUCAGAUUUCAUGCUGAGCUACAAAUGGAGAGAUGGCUUUGAUAAUCCUGUGCUAUGUCAAGGAAGACAUGCUGGUCAGCUUACACUGAGAUGUCUGGUCAACUUCCAUGUUUUACUUUGUUCCAAAACAACCUCAUUCUUUUUUAUUAAAAGUUAUUACAUUGUAGUUUGUUAGACUGUUCUGGCAUCUUACUGGCAAUAUUACUUUUUUUCUGUCAGCUCUGCUUUUGAAAAGGAUGCAGUCUUUGAGGAGCCAAAUUCAUUUAAAUACCUUAGUCCUGAUGGUUACAGGAAUCUCCGUAUGGAACACUUGUGGUCAGCAGCUUGUGGUUAAGUGGAAGGAAGCUACAGAGUAGGUUGCUUGCAAGCAGUCUCCUGUGCUCUUGGUCCACUCUUUUUUAUCAUCACUGGUCCCAGAAGGGUAUUUUAACAGACUCAUGCCCUUUGAGGCCCUUCACUCAAGAUCUGUUCCCUUCCAGACUGCUGUGAGCACCAAUCUAGUGCCUGGCUUUCCUUCGAAGGAGUAGGAGAUUUAUGGCUGGAUGGGGACCCAGUCAUCAUCUCUCCCUUCAUGCUCCUCUGCUUGGAAAGUCUUGUGGUGCCAUAUGGGUAGUAAGAACACUCAUCAUCCUUCCUCAGAUGGUUUACCAACCACAAACAAGCUGUGUUUUUCUCUCCUAUUCUCAGCUAUCUCUGACAUGACGCACAUACUGCAUUAGGCAGCUAGCUUCACCUUUUUUGUCCUCUUCCCUGAAAAAUCUGGAUUUGUUUACACCAGAAUUUUGGUUAUUGUUACUAUUAAAAUAAUAUUUAGAGAAUUUUGUUAUUAUAUAUUUCCAGUGGUUUCUGCUCUUUCUUGAUGCUUUAUACAUCCUUUAUAUAAGGUUUAGAUGUUUUAGUUGUCUCUCAUUAUUGACAAACAUUUUCUUUGACCAGAGCUGACACUAUCACAUUACUGACUACACUGCCUCCACAGCUCUUGCUUGUUUUGCCCUACCUGCUGUUUUAGAUGCUGGUUUUAAUUGUCCACUGACAUGUUUGUAGGCUUUUUCUCUUGCAUUUUUUAGUUUAAGUUGUGUCUCUGAAUCAUGACAGAUUGGAUGCCUUAGAAGGCCAGGACUGGCUCAGGAAUUUAUUUUUUUUUUUCUCCCCAUAUAUAUUUGUCUCUGUGAUCAAAUAUCCUUUAUCCUAGAGCUUUCUGCUGAGUCUUUAUCUUGCUGCACUACCUUUCCCUUCCUUAAAAGCCAUGCCUGAAGUGUUUCAAACUGCAGUGGUGAAAAUCACUUGCCUCAGCCUGGAUCUGUGCAGGUUUGGCUGAGCAUGGCAGAGAAAAAUAAGAAAGCAAGGGGUGUCCUCAGUCUCUUUUUCCACUAAAAUAUAUGCUGCUUUUACCUUCUGCCACUACCUGUGCUUGAUCUCUGCAUUGAAUCUGGGGGAUUUUGUCUACAGGGGGAAAAAAUGGUAAUGGGAGAGAAGAAGGUUAAUUGCCACCAGAUUCAUAGAAAUAAUUAAUAUUGUCAGCAAAAGAGGGAGCUUUCCUUCUGCCCAUAAUAAAAUUCUGAUGUUAAAUAUAUUGAUUGGUCUUUAAUGUUAUCAUUAUAUGUCUCACAAAAUAAUUAGGGAAAAGCUAAAUAUGUUUUGGCUUUUUUUGGUUUAGUUUUUUAUCUAGUUCAGAUAAAUAAAUAAUUUCUUACACAGGUGUCUUCCCAGUGUUUCCUGUAAAAUAUGAUCAGGAGCAGGAAUCUACUAUGAUGAUACAAUUCAUUACACAUUAGAAGUGUAAAUACUCUGUACUAUUAAGUUCUCUGAGUAAUGUAGUAUGUAGUGCCUUUGGAUGGAAUAAUGCUUUAUUUUAUCUUACUUAUGGCUCCUAUGUAAUUUAGAGUUUUAGUACUGGAUCAUCUUUUCAUAUCACCUGAUGGGUUUACUCUGAAAGAAAGCCCCAUGACUGCCUGGCUAUUGGGUUGUCCAGAAGGCUAGAGGUACAUUUUUCCUGCAGCUGUCCUGUUUAUGUAGAUCUGUAUUACCUGAAGUACUUUACAAAUGCAUGCAAGAGCAUAUUUAAAAUCAGAGUAAAUACAAGCCUUUUAGGGGACAGUAUAUAUGAACUGUGACUGAAUUACCUGUCCAAAAUCCAGAGGAUUUCCCCUUUUCUGUGUGCAGAGGUACUCUUUUAAAUAUAUAGAUUAUAAUUAGUAUUAAUAUCAACUUUUUUAAAUGGCUGGUGUCUUCUGCAUUUACAUCAAUUUAGUAUCUGAGCACGUAUGUGUCUUAAAUAUUUUAAGUAUCAUAGUAGCCCAGAGGGUAGGUCGAUGCUCCCAUCUGUCUUGCAGGAUGUAAAGUGACAUUCUGAAGGUGAUGCAAAUAUCACAGCAGAGUGUACCCAGAAAUGGAGCUCACUGCCAUGCAUUUCAGUCAGUUUUCCCUAGAAAAAGUCUCUCCAUUCUUAAUUUGUCUGAUACAACUCAAUUUAGGAUGUUAAGAUUGUGAUUAUUCAGGGUCAAACCUGGAGUGGUCCAUGUAUAGAAAGUGUAAAAAUAGAGAGUUGUUCUUCUAAACUGAGCAAUCCACUUUCACAGAACUCCCUACUGGAAGAAGCUGUUACAAACCACCAGCUGUGCCAUUCCACCACAGGGUACUGCACGUCACCAGGUAGCUCUGCAGGACCUGGUGACUUGUGCUUCACAAAAACCACUUCUGACAGAGAGGAUCCAGCCUUGAUCUGAAGUAUUACCAAGCGAUUGAUAAUCUGCUGCUGUCUGUGGCUUGUCUGUUUGCACCUCACAUUAAUUCACCAAAUGCCUGUCUCUGCUGUCUGAGUCCUCACCCCCAUUCCCAGUACAGGUUGUCAUGUGCAGGCAGACUCCCCUCAGACUUCAGGGCUGACAGUCAGAACUGCUGAAGUCUGAACUGUUGCCUCCAGUGUUUUGAACACUGCUUUGGCUCUUUCUUUUGCACCUUCAGGUUUCCACAAUGUAAUUUUAAAAAUCUGGAGACUAGAACUGAGCUUGUGAUUCCAUUUUUUCUCACACUGUUUUUUCUGAAAGGAUGAGAAAUAUUGGAGGACUGUACUGUCCCUGCUUGCCAUACUUGCUAAUUCAGGCUUGCUGCUGGAGUCCCCUUCCAGGUCCAGGCUUGUGGGACUUGGAAUACAGGCUUUAGUUUCAGAGAUCUGACCAUUAUUUGUAAUCCAGUCACUUUCAGUUUUACAUUUGAUGUUUUUAUAUUGUGCAUUUUCUUUCUCCUUUCCCCCCUCCAAGUCAGCAGUGGGGAAACAUGUUUUGGUUUGUUGUUCUUUUCAAACAGCCUCAAGCUGCAGUGAUUUAGGUCUCUCUAUAUAUUCAUGUUGUACUCAUUCUUAUUUCCACUAGUCUAAGUUACCAGCUUCAAAUUCUGAAAUGUUUAUUUCCAACAUUGAUGAUUUACAGUCUGAAACAUCACUCUAAAAAAUAUGAUUUGAAGGUAUUUUCCUAUUUACAAGUAUUUUGAAGACCUGACAGAUAGCCUAAACAUGAGUCCCAUACUUUACUGAAUAUCAUAGCUAAGUGUGUAAUUUAGGACACUGAAGACAAAAUGUGGUGGAGUUUGGCGAGAUGAAAAGGAAGUAAUUCUUAUGUUGAGGCUAUUUACAUGCGUGGUUUGUUCCAUUUUGUUUCUAAGUAUGUACUGAAUGUGACAUUCAUUGUGUCUGAAAUAGUAGCAGAGUAACCUAGUGGUUGCUAAGGUAAUGAGAACCCAUCGUUCCCUUACCAAUUCCUGUAAAUAAGGUAUGGAAUUUAAUUUCACUCUGUGUUACCUGAGGCAGCUCUGGCACCUGAUAAAACAAAUGAUCUUCACAUUCUUCUCCACUUCCCUUCUGAUUUUCAUUGAAAUACUGAGAUGUUUCUCUUUUUGUAAAUAAACAAGGCUGCCCUACAGAUGGUGGGAUAGAAAGUAGCCUAAGAAUUGCAUCUUUUGUCUUGCAGCUGUUUUCCCUCUGUGACUUAAAAUGUAUUUGUGUUCCUGCUGAAACACUUAUAUUAUUGCAUGUGAUCAGGGCUGAAGAUUUGACAGCCAUAAGAGUUCCUCUUUGUUUUUCUCUUGAUGCAGAACUUACGUUUGUUAUCUGUGCUUGUGCUAUGGAUUGCAAGCACAGCAUGAGUGUGAAUCCAAGAUUUAUUUCUUCAUCAAAGAAAGGAAGGUUAUCUCAAAAAAACAAUAUGGUAAAUACCCGAAUUUGCAAAUGCUGAACACCAGUAGAUGGUGAGAUACUUACCUGGUGAAACGAUUCUUGGCAAGGAUUAUUACUGGCCUUGGGAGUGCAGGCAGCAAACAAGAAAUCUGAAGGAGCUCUGGCUGCAACCAGGCAACACUACACCCCAGACCAUCUUGACUUUGUAAUGGAAAAAGAGAAUCCACAUCAAGCUUCUCAGCAGCUCAUCAAUCAUCCGAGUCCACCAGCCUGGGCACGGAAGAUUGAAUCUCUUAUUUAUAUGAGGGAGGAAGAAAAAACAGAUGGGGCAUAGGAUGGAGUUAUGCUUGGAGUAAGGGAAUCUGCUGUUAAGAGAAAGGUGGCUUGUUGUGCUGCAUUAUGGAAUGGCAGAACAAUAUUCCUGCUUUUUUAUGCCACCAAUUUUUGUCUUGCUUGUGUUACAUUGAUAUCAAGUUAUGGGUUACUUGCCACAAGUCGACACAAGUCGGUUAUUUUAGCCUAAUAGCUGUCUGGGUAUUCUAAUAGCCUGUCUGCCCAGAGAAGUAGAUUUGGGAGGUGAAGUGGACAGCUGGCAUAAUAUAUGGACAUUUGAACCCGGAAAUUAAAGACAGCUGCUAGGUCUAAUUUUAAACACAGCUCUUCAUCAGAUCCCUCUAGAUCCUGCUUGUCCUGCCACAGCAAAGUCAUUAGUGGGAGUAGAGAGACAAGAAGUUGAAGAUACUGGCAAAGGGCUUUUGUGAGGAAGGGAAUCACCCUUGUCCCAGUUAUGGUAUUUCCAUUUUUCACAGCAAGCUCAGAGAUACCAAAAUUGCGAAAGGAAGACCAGAAAGCACGAAACGCACUCUUGGCCGAUAUCCAGCAGGGAACUCGCCUGAGGAAAGUGACCCAAAUCAACGACCGCAGUGCACCACAGAUUGAAAAACCCAAAGGAGCUAACAGAGAUGGAGGUAACCCAGCUCUUAAUAAAGGUGGCUCUCAGCAGCCUCUGGGAGGUUUAUUUGCUGGUGGCUUUCCUGUUCUCAGACCAGCAGGCCAGAGGGACAUGACAGCAGGGAAGCCCGGGCAGCUCUCCGGAGGCCGAGCAGCGUCCCCCAGACCCUCGGCACCGCCGAGCAGCGGCGCUGCCAAGGCGAACAACAGCCCCUCGCAGCCGGCCGAGGCUCCAAGGGCAGCUGUCCCACCGGAGCCUCCCGGCACCUCCCGAGCCGCCGCGGGAGCGGGUCCCGGGCGGCCCAGCCUGCCCGCCCCGCCUCCACCGCCCCCCGCCUCCAGCAAGCCUUCCCUCACCUUCCCUCCUCCUCCCCCUGUGCCCCCUCCGGCCGAUCGCCCUGCCAAGGGCGUGAGCCCCGGCGCUGCUCCCCCGGCCCCGCUCCCUCCCCCUCAGGCUGACAAGCCCGCCAAGCCUCCGGCAGCCGCUCCGCACCCGCCCCCUCCUCCUCCGCCUCCUCCUCCUCCCCCGCUGCCCCCCGUGCCCCCCUGCGGGCUGCCGGGCAGGGCCGCCGAGGCCCCUGCGGCCGCUCCGACCGAAGGAAGGGACUGUCCCCCUCCCGCGCCGCCGCCUCCGCCGCCACACGCCCACCCCCCGCCCGCGAGCAGGCUCUCCUUUCCCCCCUCCCCGGCCUUCAGCGGCGCCGACGUGCCCCCUCCGCUGCCCCCCAAGUCUCCCCACUUGCUGUCACAGUUCCACAAGCCAAGCAACAUCCAGUCGCUACCGCUGCCACCCACGCCCGGCCCGCCUCAGCCCGCAGCCGUGGUGGAGACCAGGAAGAAGAGACCCGGCCGAGGCGCAGGAACUGGUGCUGGGAAGCUGGUCACACCUCCACAGCCACCUGCAAGAUCCCCAACAACUGAACUUACAAGCAAGUCUGGAGUCUCAGCCUGGGCUACAGCUCAUGACCCCUACACACCACUUAAAAAUGGAAAUAUGCACAUUAUUGAUGACUUUGAAUCAAAAUUUACUUUCCAUUCUGUGGAAGAUUUCCCCCCACCUGAUGAAUUCAAACCAUUUCAGAAAACAUAUCCCAGCAAGAUACCCAGAGAUCCCUCUAAAAAUCCUCCAUUAAGAACACACGUGAGAUGAGAAGAGUCUUCUGAAGUUCUCUGGACUAGUAUUAAUAAAGAAGAUCAAGAUAAUACAUUAAGACAGAAGGAGUCCCUGUUGCAGUGAUAGAUUGUACUUGAGUCACAAAUACUGCAAUAUUAACAUUUCUAUAAACUGUAAAACAAUAUAAAUGUACACCUUUUGAACUGGCCUACAUACUGCAGGAAUGUUAGUACAGGCUUUUAAAUUACUGUAUAUAGGUGAAUAUUUUUUAAGCAAAGCAGCAUAAAAUUUAAAUUCUUUGUAGUGUUGAAACACUUCUCAUUCUUACUGUGCUGAAAUGUUACCUCAGAAUGUUUUGUGCUACGUGCCUGUAGUUCUUUUUUCCCCUUCCAUCAUAAUUUUUGGAAAUUCUCCAGUUAUUAUAUAGACAUUUUUUCAAUGAACUGUCAAACUAAUAUGCUAUCUUUAGUCUGGUUUUAUGUUUCUUCAUUUCUUCCAUUCUACCUGGCCUCAGAUUGCAGCAGGAUGUCAUUUUCAUGAAGAGAUGGGCCCACAAUCCUUUUCUCAUGAAGCAUGAAGAGGAGAUCCAAGGAACUGUGGCUGCUAAUGAGUCUACCUCCUAAUGAUUACAUAUCCUUAUAGGAUAGUGUCUGAAGAAGCCCAGCUGAGUAGGGUGGUCAUGGACUUGACAGAGAUGACAGAGCCUUUCCAAAGUAGAGGAAAAGGAAGUUGCUCUAUUGUAAGCAAGAAAAAGAAAUGGUGUGUGUGAAUACACAUGCUGUGAUGAGCAUAUGUGAGGACACAUAUCCUGUCUUUUCCUACUGGCAAAGUGGGUAUUUACCAUUUCUGUGAUAGAUUGCCUUUACCCAGCAAUUACAAAGCCUUUGGAUGAGAGGUCCAAAACCUACGUUUUAGAGCUACUGCUGUUUGCUAGCUGUUCAUUGUCCAAAACACACCACGUGGAACACUCAGCCCCCAAAGUGGUCAUUGUCUCAAAUAGAGUUGGUUGGGAAAAGUAACAACCUAUCAGCAGACAAGAUUUUAACUACUUCUUUUAAUAUUCAGACCUUGGGUAAGGUCUGUGGAUCACAGAUGUUUAGAUCUGGUCCUAAGAUAUUUAUUUCUAGCAUUUAUUACCCUUAUUCUUGUGCAUUGGGAGAAGUGGUGCCACGGAGGUGUCAGGGAAGUGAUUCCAGUAAAGCCACACUGCUGUGUGGCCACAUGUGCUGUGUCCAGAUUCUGGGCUCCCCAGUGCAAAGAAGACUGAACAUGCUGAACAGAGUCCUACAAAAGGCCACAAAGGUGAUGAAGGGGCUGGAGCAUCUCUCCUGUGAGGAAAGGCUGAGAGAGCUGGGACUGAUCAGCCUAGAAAAGAGAAGGCUCAGAGGGGAUCUCUCCAAUGCAUAUAAAUAUUUGAAGUGGGGGUAUAAAGAUGGAGCCAGACUCUUUUCAAUGGUGUCCAGUGACAGGAGCAGAGGAAUUGGGCAACUGCAACACAGGAGGUGCUGUCAGAACAUCAGGAAACACUUUCUGGCUGUGCGGGUGACUGAACCUUGGAACAGGUUGCCCACAGACCUUGUAGAAUCUCACUCCUUAAAGAUACUCAAAAGUCAUCUGGACUUUGUCCUCGGCAACUGGCAGUAGGUGACCCUGCUUGGCCAGGGGUGUUGGACCAGAUGACCUGUAUCCAUCCCUUUCAAUCCCAACCACCUUUGAUUCCCCUUUUUACAGCUUUUCUGGGUUCCUAGACCUGGGUUACAACAACCCAAGGCACCGCUGGGGGCAGAGUGGCUGGAAAUCUGCCUGCCGCUAAAGGACCUGGGUGUGCUGGCUGACAGUGGCUAAAUGUGCUGAACAGGGGCCAGUGUGUGCUCAGGUGGUCAAGAAGGCCAACAGAAUCCUGGUUUGAGGAGGUUCAGAGGAGAACUUAGCACUCUGUGUAACCCGAAAGGAUCCUGUACCAAUGUGGGGGUCAGUCACUUCUCUCAUGUAACAAUGCACCAGACAAGAGGAAAUGCCCUCAAGCUGUGCCAGGACAGGUUUAGAUUUGAUAUUAGGAAAAGCAUCUUCACCAAAAAGGUGCUCAGGCAUUGGAACAGGCUCCUCAGGGAAGUGGUGAAGUCACCAUUUAAUACCUACAGGUAUGUAAAAGACUUGUAGAUACAGCACUCAGGUGAUGCCUCAGGUUUUAGCUUUUACAUUUUUCAGAUUCUGUACUGCUUUAGUGUGUAGUUCUGAGCUUCAUAUUUUGGAGAUAGCAAGCUCUCAUCAUAGAGUAGGUAGACAAAAGACCCUUGGCCCUGGGGACCAAGGACAAAUGAUCCAAAUUUCAGGCCCAAGAGCGUAAACAACAGUGGAAUGAAGAGAGAAAAACAAGAAGGAUGGGACUUCAUAAUCUAAAGCUAUAACUGGAUAAUUAACUCCAAUAUGCUAAUGGACCAGAUCUUAUGAGAGACCUCAUGACUGGUCAUUCAUUUUGUGACCAUUUUGGGUUCAUCUUGGGCUCUUGUACUGCCUAAGGUGUAUCCAUUGAGGCCUUAUCUAAUAAUACUUACUUUAUUCUUUAACUCCGUCUAGUCUCUGUUCUAGGUCAGCCUUCACAAGGCAUCACAGGGACAUGCUUUAAUGAUGGACUUGGCAGUGCUGGGUUAACAGCUGAAUUAGAUGAUCUCAAGAGUUGUUUUCCAGUAUAAAUAAUUCCAUGAUUCACCAGCCUGAAAAAGAAUACUGCUGUUCCAGGGUGAGUCUGGUGCUAACAGCCAGGCUAUUACAGUUAUGGCUUUAAUUUAUAUAAUUGCCAUCAGUUCCCCUCAGUUAGAGGUGUAAUAGUGUUAUAGAUCACUGAUGAUCUUUCCCCAUGGUGUUGCCUUUAAACAAAACUUUUUGGAAAAGACAGGUAACUGUAUCUUUACAUCCCUGCUUUUCUCUUUGUUGUUGCAGUAGUUCAGUUAUGCUGUAACAAUUCCCACAUACAUGUACAUUCAUGGUGUGAGGUGGUGUAGGAGUAAGAAGCUCUUCACCCACAGGACUCCAAGAAAGUAACAUUAGUCUUUUUCUAGUCUAUUAUGAUAACUUGCUGUACAUAAUGUGAAAAGAAAAAAAAGUGGUGAUGCUUUGACCAAUAGUGUCACUUACUGUAGUUACUUGAUAAAUAUGCAUGAAUGUAGUAACAAGCAGGGGUCUACACCUAUAUUGCUUCUCCAACAACUGGAAAAGUUAAAUACUGUUUUAAAAACUAUUUUGUUAUGGUAUUAUUAAAAGUGGCAUAGUGUUGGCUCUCAUUUA